AUGGACGAACACAAAGCGGCACGUGCAGUGAUACGCGCAUCAUUUACAAGAAAUAUGACUACUCUAGAACGACAUCUCAAAGCGGAAAAUAUCCAACCUGGAGAGAUGAAGUCAUGUUUAGACCUAUUGGAAGAAAAAAUCCGAGAAUUAGAAUCCUACAACAAAUUCAUUUUCGAGCAUAUGAUCAAAGCCAAGAUGGCUGAAAGUGAGAUCGCAGCAGAGGUAGAUAGCGUUGAUGGAUACAAGGCGAAGUUCUUUCGCGCACGAGCAGAAGUAAUGAGAGUGUUGUUCCCGCCAGUUCCUACACAGACACAAACAGACGAAAUGUCGGGACGCGUAUCGGUCCUAUCGUGUUGUGGUAGUGGGGAGGGAAAACGAUCAUUCAUACUUCCGAAAAUUGAAUUAACGAAAUUCAGUGGCGAUGUUCGCGAGUGGCUUCGGUUUUGGGCACAGUUUAAAAAAAUCCACGAAGAUGAUUCUAUGGAUAAAGGCGACAAAUUCCAAUACCUUAUCCAGGCGAUGGUAAAGGAUUCGAGGGCUAGCGAGUUGGUGAGCAGUUACCCGAGUACUAGUGAGAACUACGAAAAAGUUAUCACGGCACUGCAAUCACGGUUCGGAAGGGAAGAGAUGUUAGUGGAAGUAUAUGUGAGAGCGCUCCUUGAGCUUGUAUUGAACAAUGCCACAAGGACGGAUACGAAACUUCAACUAUCAAAAAUAUACGAUAAACUAGAAUCUCAGUUGCGCGCUCUUGAAUCACUAGGUGUUACAACGGACAAGUGCGCCACAAUUUUGUAUCCUUUAGUCGAGUCCUCGCUACCUGAAGAGCUGCUCCGCGCUUGGCAGAGAUAUUCGUCAUCAGAGAAAAAAAAUGUCGCGAAGGAUCGAUUAACCAACCUCAUGAAGUUUCUACGUUCCGAAGUAGAGAAUGAGGAAAGAAUUUUGCUGGCAGUGCGAGGAUUUUCGAGUACUUCCGCCGAGAGUGUCGCGCGUGACGAAAAAUUCGUGAAAAGAAAAUCAAAACCUAGCAGUGAGGAAAUACCGACUGCAGCCGGAUUGGUUUCGAUUAAAGAGAAAACGAAUUGUAUUUUCUGUGAUCAAGAACAUGAAAGUGCUGAGUGUAGUUUUGCAAAGAACAUGUCUCUUGAGGAACGACAGAAAAUCGUGAAAAGUAAAAACGGCUGUUUCAAUUGCUUAAAAACGGGACAUCAUUUUCGAAGGUGCAAGUAUAACCAAAAGUGCGGAUGGUGUCGAAAGAAGCACGUGAUUAUUAUGUGUCGCGGGUUGAAUACUUCAAAAGGAGGUGAUGAACAAAUAGGUGUAGCCUCCGUGAGUGUUCAAAAAAGGAACCCCUUGAGUAUGCUGAGAAAUCCCGAAAUUUUCUUACAGACGUUAAAAGUGAAGUUAAACAACGGUGAAAAACAAUGUAUAGUGAGAGUCGCUUUGGACUCAUGUUCUCAUCGUUCAUACAUUUUGACGUCAAUAGCAGAGAAAAUGGGUUUUAACGCAGUUGGUCAACAAAGGAUGAUACAUUUACUUUUCGGGGGUGCAAGAACGGAACCGCAAAAUCACAAAGCGUACGAUAUUCACGUGAGCAAUUUAAGUGAAACAUUUAAGUGCAAUUUCGUGGCCCUUUCGCGAGACACGAUCGUUGAGAACAUUCCUUGUGUGGAUAACGGUCCGUGGAUCGAAGAACUGGAAAAAAAGGGCAUAGUACUCUCUGAUCAGGGAACGCCGGGUGAACCGAUCGCGAUUCUGAUUGGGGCAGAUUUUCUAGGAAAGUUACAAACCGGAAAAUCAUUCGAGAUGAUGAGUGGCCCCACCGCAAUCGAGACGAAGUUGGGAUGGACCUUGAUUGGCGAAAAGUUAGUAGAAAAGGACAUAGCAAAGGUGAAUACAGCCCUGUGUGUUGCGUCGUUGUUUGUGCGCGAGGCAAGUGUUUCAGACCUCUGGAACCUCGACGUUAUAGGUAUCGCUGAUCCGACGGAGACGAAAACGAAGAGAGAGCAUCAAGAGGACGUGAGGAGAGAAUUUCAAGAGUCUACAACGGUUGAGGGAGAGGGACGUUUUCAAGUAUCCCUACCAUGGAAAGUCAAUCACCCCCCCUUACCUGAUAAUUUCGAUGUGGCGCAGAGGAGACUAGUUCCCAUGACAAAGAAAUUGAUUGAUCAAAAUCUUUUCGUCGAAUAUGAUCGAGUUUUCAAAGACUGGGAAAGUGAGGGGAUAAUUGAAAAGGUGCCUGAUGGGGAACUAAGUGUCAAAGGUCACUACCUCCCACACAGACCGGUGAUCAAGGAAAACAGUACAACGCGUGUUCGACCAGUGUAUGAUGCUUCCGCGAAGAAAAAGAAUUCUCCGUCGUUAAACGAGUGUCUUGAAACGGGACCGAAUCUAAUUGAACUUGUGCCAACAAUGUUGAUACGGUUUCGUGAAAAAAGUGUCGGUGCAGUGGCUGAUAUCAAAAAAGCCUUCCUCCAAAUUUGCGUGCGGCCUGAGGAUCGGGAUCAUUUGCGAUUUUUAUGGUGGACGGACAGUGACGCGUCAAAGUUACUAGUGUAUCGUCACGUGCGCGUAGUUUUUGGAGUGUCUAGUAGCCCAUUUUUGCUGGGUGCGGCUAUCGAUAUGCUCCUUUGUGACGCAUUAAAGGAGGAACUGCCAGAAACAAAGAAAACAAUGAUAAAAAAAUUGCAAAGGGCGUUCUAUGUUGACAAUUGCAUGGUUAGUUUUGAUUCGAAAGAAGAAGCAGUUCGGUUCAAGGAGAUUGCAGUGGAAGUUAUGCAGCAGAGAGGUUUCGAAUUAAGAGGGUGGGAGUACUCGGGAGAAAACUCCGAUCAAGAAACUGGUGUGCUCGGCCUAAACUGGAAUAAAAGUGAAGAUGUGUUGAAACUGGCAUCCGGAUCGUUCAGCCAAGAAAUACCUGCAAAAAUAACAAAGCGAGUUAUUUUAGCCGCUUCCCACAAAGUGUUUGACCCGAUUGGUUUUGUUUGCCCUGUGUUGUUGAAACCGAAACUGUUAUUACAGUUAGUGUGUUUGAAAAAUCUUGACUGGGACACAGAGGUGGACAGAGAAAUUAGCAGUACAUUUGGUGAGUGGCACAAACAGUUGCAUCUAUUGUCAGAAGUAAAAAUACCACGUAAUAUGUGCGGGGGUGAUAUGAGAUCGGUGACCUUUCACGUUUUUGUUGAUGCAAGCAAAGUGGCGUAUGGUGCAGCAAUUUUUGCACGUACUCAAUUCAAGGACAAAGUAAAAGUUAUGAUAGUACAAGCAAAAUCGAGAGUUGCACCUACGAAGGGCAUCACAACAAAAAACAGAUCACUUCCGAGUCUAACAAUACCGCGAUUGGAACUUUUAGCAGCAUGUAUGGGUGCGCGUCUUAUGGACUCAGUGACAAAAGCUCUAGAACUCAAACAAGUGAAUGUGCAGUUUUGGAGUGACUCUACCACGGUGCUUGCGUGGAUACAAAGAAACUGUCCUUGGGAAGUGUUCGUGUCAAACAGAGUGCAGGAGAUUCGACAGUUGAGUGAUCCCGAGAAGUGGAAACACGUCCCUGGAAAAAUCAACCCAGCUGAUCUGCCGUCGCGCGGUUGUACAGCGCAAGAAUUACUCGAGUCGAAAUGGUGGGAGGGGCCUCAGUGGCUCUACUCCCCUCCUAAUCAGUGGCCUUCCGAUGAGUGUGUGGCGAGCGAAGAUAUAGUUAAUUCAGCUUUAAAGAAAUCAGCGAGAAUUUUAAACGAAACCGAAAAUUGUGCAUCACUUUUGACAGUCGAGUGUCCCGGAAGUAAUAAAGAACAAUUCAGUGAACGAUUAACGCGUUAUUCAUCAUAUAUAAAAAUUAUUCGAAUUAUUGCGUGGACAAGACGCUUUACAUCAAAUGCUUCAAAACAACGAGAUAAGAGAAAAUAUGGCGAGCUGUCAAAACAGGAAUUCUGCGAGGCGGAAGUUAAAGUGUUGCGCGUUGUACAAAAAGAGACGUUUGAAAGUGAGUCCGAUGCAAAAAUCAAAUGUCUCAACCCUUGUGUUGAUGAAAGUGGAUUAAUUCGACUACAAACACUCAUCUCCAAUCGAAAAGAUACGGAAAAUUUUCGGUACCCGGUAGUGUUGGAUCCUAGUCACGAUAUCGUAAGAAAAUUAAUUGAAUUUCAUCAUGUACAGUUACAACAUGUUGGGGUUCAGGGGACAUUAACGAAUUUGAGAGAAAGAUUUUGGGUUCUCACGGGAAGACGUGCAAUCCGUUCUGUGAUAAAUAAGUGUGUGAUCUGCAAAAGACACAAAGCCAAACAUCUGGAGGUCGCGCCGGCUCCGUUACCUGAGGCUCGUGUUCGCGAUGCAAAAGUGUUCGAGAUUGUGGGAAUCGACUAUGCGGGACCUGUCUAUUUAGUUGGAGGACAAAAAGCAUGGAUCGGCUUAUUCACAUGUGCAGUGUAUCGGGCAGUGCAUCUGGAGUUGGUUACGAGAGCAACAACGGCUGGAUUUUUGGAGGCUUUAAGAAGAUUUAUAUCCAGAAGAGGGCGUCCGAGUAUUGUCUAUUCGGACAAUGGCACUAAUUUUGAGGGCACAAAUAAUCUUCUAAAAAAGGUGAAUUGGCAAGAGAUUGAAAAAUUCAGUGUGAUUCGCGAAAUCGAGUGGCGAUUCAAUCCUCCCUCUGCAGCCUGGUGGGGAGGAUGGUGGGAGAGGCUCAUCAGAAUUUUAAAAGACCUCUUGAAAAGAGUUUUAAGAAAAGCCUCCCUCACAUAUGAAGAAAUGAAUACCACCCUGUGCGACUGUGAAGCAGUAAUCAAUGGUCGACCCAUUACUUACCUAUCUGACGAUGCUUCGGAAAUAUCUUGCUUGACACCGGCUAUGUUCCUGCAGGAGGUCACCGAGACGGGAGUAAUGGACCUGGAUCAAAUCGACAGGAUUGACUUAGGAAGAAGAUUCGAGUAUCGACAGAGAGUCAAGGAUGACUUGCGUCAACGGUUCAGAGCGGAAUAUCUCGGUCAGUUGUCUGGGAGAAUCCGUCAAGUGUCGAACGACCGUGAAGUGAAAGUGGGGGAAAUUGUGUUAGUAGGUCAUGAGAAUCAGAAGAGGUUAAAUUGGCCUUUGGCUAGAGUACUCGAGGUUUUGCCGGGAAGAGAUGGAAAAGUGCGCGUAGUAAAAUUGAAAACAGCAACCGGUGAGUUGAUAAGGCCUGUACAGCGUUUAUUCCCUCUGGAAGUAGCCGGUCCGAUACCGGCAAUAAAUUCUGUGAAAGUGAUGAGCGAAAAAUGUGUGAAUAAAUCACCGAUUGCGUGUGACGAAUUGAGAAAUGAAAAACCAAAGAAAAAUAAUGUCGAGAAUGAAAAUUCGAAUGUUGAAAAACAUACCAGGAGCGGACGUAUGAUAAAAGUUCCUGAUCGUUUCAAGUUUUAA